GGGCAUAAACUAAUUAAAAUUAACACUACAGUGCACGAUUUGACAUGACCGGUUUGAACAACGGUCCUCAGAUUAUGGCCUGUUUGGUGCCUGUCGGUGUGAUUUCCACCACAACCCUUCCGCAUUUUCCUGCUGCUCUCGGGCUGUGACGUGUUGUGCUGACGGCGGCCUCGGAGCUGGAGGAGCGGGGGGCUGUAGUAUGACAAGAUCUGGCUCCAGACGUCCUGCUUUGCUUUCACCGGAGCUCCAGAAACAACCCCUAACCCCUCCUUCUCUGCUCCUCUCCGGCCCGCCCAAAUAACACAAAAUUCCCGACUGAAUCCUGCCCGAGUCUGGGGGAACCAGGCGGCCUGGGAAGCCGAGGUACGGACGGAGGCCAUCCCUGCAGCAUAAAUCUGCUGUCCAGUAACAAAUGCAGUGCGAGGACAAUGGAUGAGGAUGUCACCAGGCUUGCAAUACAUUCUGAAGAGCCUAAAAUAAUAUUACACGGAUCGGAUGAGGGUGGUGCCGGCGGACAGGAGUUUGUUGUGGAGCUUCAAGAGACUGUGUUGGUGUCAGAGGGCGAGGGGGAAAGCAUGGCAGUUCACAGGUUUGCCCCGGACGAGCUAGUCAUCCAGGAUGCUGUUGAGGAUGUGGUUUCAGAGUAUGUGCACUGUGAUGAGGAAGAGGAUGAGGAUGAAGAUGUUGCAGUAGAAACCUGCGUGAUGGCUCUUGAAGGUGAGGAGGAAGGUGUUGCCAUGGGAGACAUCCCUGAAGAUGGGCUGGACCCAGAGCAGCAGGACGACGACGACCAAGACGGCUGUGGAGAUUAUCUUAUGAUAUCCUUGGAUGAAGCUGGCAAAAUGGUGUCUGAAGAUGGAACGGAGGUAACGGUGGAGGGAGCUGUGGAGGACCAGGAAGUGGAGAAGGAUGAGGAUGGGCAGGAAGUGAUAAAGGUGUACAUCUUCAAGGCUGAUUCUGGGGAGGAUGACAUGGCAGAGUCGGUGGACAUCAGCGAUGGAGACACAGAGAGUGUUGCGUUAACAGAAUCUUCAGGCCAAACACUCAGAGAGAAGAUGGUUUACAUGUCUGUCGGAGACUCUCAUCACAAUCAAGGAAACCAUGGUGGGUCCAAGGUGACUGAUGAGGUUUAUAUGGAGGUGGUGGUAGGAGGCGAAGAGCCAGUAACUCAAGACCGCUCGUAUGACAGCGUGUCUCUAAGCAAGGACUUCAUGCCUGUGGCCUGGGCAGCUGCUUAUGGUGCGGAGGAUAGCGAGAGUUGUGAAAACAGAAAUGGUGCAGCAAGCGCACUGCUGCACAUUGAUGAAUCUGACGGGGUUGAUGAAAUCAAUAGACAACGUAACAAGAGCAGGAGGCGGUCGGAGCCUCGCCAGGUGCAGACAGCCAUCAUCAUCGGUCCAUACGGUCAGCCUCUGACCGUUUACCCCUGCAUGCUAUGUGGUAAAAAGUUCAAGUCACGGGGAUUCCUGAAACGCCACACCAAGAAUCAUCACCAAGAUGUUCUGACAAGGAAAAAGUACCAAUGUACAGACUGUGACUUCACCACCAACAAAAAAGCUAGCCUCCACAACCACAUGGAGGUGCACGCUCUGAGCAGCAAGGCCCCUUUCGAGUGUGAAAUGUGUGGCAAGGAGUUCCACCAGCAGGCAGCGCUGUUCUCUCACAGACUGCAGCACCACCACCGAGAGCCCAAGAGCCAGCCACCUCCAACGCCCAACAAGAUGCAUAAAUGCAAGUUCUGUGACUAUGAAACAGCUGAGCAAGGACUGCUCAAUCGACACUUGUUGGCAGUUCACAGUAAGAGCUUCCCUCACAUCUGUGUGGAAUGUGGAAAAGGCUUUCGACACCCUUCAGAAUUGAAGAAACACAUGCGCACGCACACGGGCGAGAAGCCCUACUCCUGCCUGUACUGCGACUACAAGUCGGCCGAUUCUUCUAAUCUCAAGACACACAUCAAGACUAAGCAUAGCAAAGAGAUGCCAUACAAAUGUGAGCGCUGUUUCCAGACCUUUGCAGAGGAGGAGGAGUUAAUGCAGCACGGACUAACACACGAAGAGAAUAAGACCCACCAUUGUGCCCACUGUGAUCACAAAAGUUCCAACUCCAGUGACCUAAAACGCCAUAUCAUAUCUGUUCACACCAAGGACUAUCCACACAAAUGUGCCAUCUGUGGGAAAGGCUUCCACCGGCCAUCUGAACUGAAGAAGCACUCAGUAGCCCACCGCACCAAGAAACUCCAUCAAUGCCGGCACUGCAACUUCAAAAUUGCAGACCCUUUUGUUCUCAGUCGCCAUAUCUUGUCUGUCCACACAAAGGAGCAACAGGCCUCUCCGGAAAAGAGUGAGUCUAAGAGGACAGAGACGCACACUCCUGUUGUGACGCCUAAAAAGUCUGCACCUAGUGCGUCCAGCGCCUCGGGCCCGCCUGGCAGAGUCAGUGCAGCCAGCUUAGCCAGCAGUGUCACUGUAGUUAUUGGCAAAGGACAAAAAGAAAGGAGAAUUUACCAGUGCCAGUACUGUGACUACAGCACAGGGGACGCUUCGGGUUUCAAGCGGCACGUGAUUUCCAUUCACACGAAAGACUAUCCGCACCGCUGCGAGAUCUGUUCGAAAGGGUUCCGACGACCCUCGGAGAAGAACCAGCAUAUCAUGCGCCACCACAAGGACGUGGUGCAGGCAGAUUGACUCUGACCGAGCCAAAUCCUGUGCCACAACAAAGAACCAUGUUAAAGCAACCAUCACACCCCAUUCUCUGCACCCUCGGCACAACACCAGUCAUAUUGAAAUAAUGUGACGUGUGUGCGUGCUGCACUUAGUCCGUUCUGUUUUGCUCUUCUUUUUUUUUUUUUAUCCUCAUCCUAAUGUUUGUUCAGAAAUGUAUACACAUGUACAUAACAUUAAUGCUUUGUCCGGGUUGGCAACAGAACCCCUCCGUAGACUUGCACUUUUAACUGCAUGUCCCUUUGCUGGUAACAGUGUGCAUGGCAGAUUGUGCAGAUGUCUCUUUGUAGAUAUACAUUUUUAAUUUUGCAGGCAGAAAUCAGUUGUCAAUCACAAUGGUCCUAAUUAUUUGUCUCAAAACUGAAGUGUAAUUUGCUAAUCUUUUGCAUUGUUUUGUUAAAAUGUACUUAACACAGCAGUAUAGAUUAGGAACCUGUUUCCAGUAGCACUUGCCAUCUUGGUAAAGAUCAUGAUGAAUGAAAUGAGUUUGCGAGAGUGUGUGAGUGAGAGAGGAAGAGUAAAUGACAAACAAAGCAUCUGUUGUGCUUCCUUGUGCUCUGACCCCACCACUCUGUAACAUAGUUUUUUUGUUGUUAAAAACACAAGGCUCGCUGUGUACAGCACUCAGAGAAAAGAAACAUUAAUUCUUAGCUUUGUACACAGGGGUUAUCAAUCAUUGAAUUAACACAAAGUACACAGUAAAAUAAUGGAUGUCAUGGCAUUGACUAAAGGUUCACAUAUGCACAUACUGUAUAUCACAAUGCGGUCAUUACCCCAUCACUUCAUUAUCAUACACCUAUGAUAUAUCACUUCCAACUCAGUAAAUGUCUUAUAAAUUUUUCAGAAGUAAGUGCCCAAAGCAGUAAAGAUGAAGCCCCGACUGACUGUAAUUUUAAUCCAUUAAUGCUACCCGGAGAGCAAAAUCCCAUUAAUUUAUUUAAAAAAAAAAUAAAAAAAGCAGAUAGAUGAGGGAAGUGUUUUCACGUUUUAUUUUUCUAUGAACAAACUUGUUUCUCAUAUAAAUUGACAUAUCUUUUAAAUCACAGAAAAGCAUAAUCUGCAAGCAUCAGGAUGAUAUUUGUGCUGAUAGUAGGCUGGGUUAAUCAGACAUCAGUGUCCCAAUAUAACAGUUUUGCCAAAAUAGGAAUCACACCGUUUAACUGGGGCGGCUGUUAUGAAACUAUGGACUGAACUUUUUGUUUUUCGCCCUCACAGACGUACUUUUGCCAGUAGAAGGGGAAAGUGUAUGUCUUUUUAGAUGCAACUUCAGAAGACCGGUGCUGGUGGUGUACUAUGGCUUUUUACAUUUUUGUUAUCACCUGUGAUUAUUCCUGUUUUUAUAUUUAUUUCAUUUACAAGUUGUUGGAUAGUUAAGUGUAACUAGACUUCUAUGGGACGUAAAUUAUUGUUUUGUAUACAAAUCUGUAUAAAGCGUGUAGAUGUGAACACUUGAUAAAAAGAAAAUCUGAACUGUGUCGUUAUGGAUGUACUCAACGUAUUUGUUAAAAAAGUUAAUAAAAGCAAAGUAUUUUA